UUCUUUUUUCCUUCUAGACAAACGGAAAAAAAAGAGUUAUUUAUGCUCUUAAUUAAUAAAAAAAAUAUGUUCGUUUCAGACAAAGAUCGACAACCUCGUCUUUAGUGUUGAGAACUGCACGGAGCUUUAAACAUUCUCGCGUCAAAGUCCAGGUUAGAUCGAUCCUAUGAGAAGGCUCUUCUUCAAUGGCGGCUUUAAACUCAGAGAAGAGAUGGAUUUUUCCUCUAGCAAUGGCUUCUCUCAUGUUCAUAUUCCUUGUAGCUGCAUCUUUCAACAUGGGUCUCCUCUCUUCCGUGCGUUCCAUUAAUUCACUCAUCUUCUCCUCAAGUCUCUCGACCACUAACGAGACAAGAGCUGAAUUCGCAGAGUCAAAAGUCAAUAAUAACUCCUCUCAUCCCCCUCCAGUACAGCCUAGUCCUCCUCGCUUUGGUUAUCUAGUUUCAGGGUCAAGAGGUGACUUAGAGAGUCUAUGGAGAGUGUUAAGAGCAUUGUACCAUCCGAGGAAUCAAUACAUUGUUCAUCUCGAUCUUGAGUCUCCUGCUGAAGAGAGGCUUGAGCUAGCUAAACGUGUGAGCGAGGAUCCUGUUUUUACUGACGUUGGGAAUGUUCACAUGAUCACAAAGGCUAACCUCGUUACAUAUCGAGGACCCACAAUGGUAGCCAAUACGCUCCACGCUUGCGCCAUUCUCUUGAAACAGAGUAAAGAUUGGGAUUGGUUCAUCAAUCUCAGCGCCUCUGACUAUCCUCUAGUCACUCAAGAUGAUCUAAUUGAUACAUUCUCGGGGUUGGACCGGAACCUCAACUUUAUCGACCACAGUAGCAAACUAGGCUGGAAAGAAGAGAAACGAGCAAAGCCACUGAUCAUAGACCCGGGGCUUUACUCCACAAAAAAGUCAGAUGUCUUCUGGGUUACACCACGCAGAACCAUGCCAACUGCAUUCAAACUAUUUACCGGUUCCGCUUGGAUGCUCUUAUCUCGGUCGUUCGUAGAAUAUUGCAUUUGGGGAUGGGACAAUCUUCCACGGACUCUUCUAAUGUACUACACCAACUUCCUCUCUACACCGGAAGGAUAUUUCCACACUGUCAUUUGCAACUCGCCAGAGUACUCUUCCACGGUGGUGAACCACGACAUGCAUUUCAUCUCCUGGGACCGCCCUCCCAAACAGCAUCCUCGGACGCUCAACAUGAAUGAUACAGAGAGGAUGAUUGGAAGCGGAACAGCGUUUGCCCGCAAGUUCAGACACAAUGAUCCUGUCCUGGAUAAGAUCGAUAAAGAGCUGCUCGGUAGAGGUAACGGGAACUUUACGCCUGGUGACAUGGUUCAUGAAUAUUAG